GCAUGGUUCUCCCAACACUCUACCGCAUAUCGACACAACCUCACUCACCUCAAAGCAAAUAUGCGUCUCAGCGCCAUUGCCCUCGCAAUUGCCACAAUGUCCAGUGUGGCGAGGGCCCAGGUCGAUCCGGGCCCCGUCGACAUCUGUGUCAACAGCGUCUGCGAGCCGAUCUUUCCCGUUUAUGAGUUUUGCGUCUGUGACUUCGAACGAGCAAAGAUCGAGGAAUGCGUGGAAAAAUACUGGAGCCCCAUCCCGGGUGGCAUUGUAGAAAUCGAGCGGGCUUACUUGGCCAUCCAGAUGUGGUGCUCUGACCACGGCAUUGGGGAGGGCGCUGUCUAAUGCCCGAGGCCCUGAAUCGUCCUAAGCUGACCACCCAAUGAUGGCCCGAGCUUUGACGAUUUAUGACAUUGCGCCGUGGACUUUCCCUUCCAUGGUACUCAGCAAUCUCUUGACCUUGUAUAACUUCGCUGUGUAAAAGUGGCUACAUGAAUGUUGAUGUCAACUUGUC